ACAUUGUGACCUUUAGUGACCGCCUGUUGUACAUUGUGACCUUUAGUGACCGUCUGUUGUACAUUGUGACCUUCAGUGACCGCCUGUUGUACAUUGUGACCUUUAGUGACCGGCUGCUGUACAUUGUGAUUUCAGUGACCGCCUGUUGUACAUUGUGACCUUCAUUGACCGCCUGUUGUACAUGACCAGUAACAGAUAAAUACUGACCUGAUCAGUGUCUGCCUCUCUCCACAGUGACCAUAGUGGUUAUAAAGUGUGACCUUGUGAUUAGUGACCUUGGUGGUUACAGAGUGUGACCUUGUGAUUAGUGACCUUGGUGGUUACAGAGUGUGACCAUGUGAUUAGUGACCUUGGUGGUUACAGAGUGUGACUGUAUAAUUAGUGACCUUGGUGGUUACAGAGUGUGACUGUAUAAUUAGUGACCUUGGUGGUUACAGAGUGACCAUGUGAUUAGUGACCUUGGUGGUUACAGAGUGUGACUGUAUAAUUAGUGACCUUGGUGGUUACAAAGUGUGACAGUAAAAUUUAAGUGACCUUGGUGGUUACAGAGUGUGACUGUAUGAUUAGUGACCUUGGUGGUUACAGAGUGUGGCAGUAUGAAUGGGCUACUUCUUAAUUUGUUUUGUUUUCACUUAGAUUUUGUUUAAACAAUUUUUACUAAAGAUAACGUUAGCAAACACAGGCGCCAUCGAAAGCACACCAACAUAUGAAUGUGUUAACCAUCUGGGGAAUCCGAUAAAGUGAAGGCCGCAUCAGGACUUAUCAAGCCGGCCAAGUGUUCACACUCUUGUUGUGUUUGUUGACAUUAUGUAAGAAGACAGCACAUCAUUUGGAUUUCUGGAUUACAAGAUGCCGCUGCAAAGAGUCAAAAUGAAAUUUCGCUCUCCAAAGAGAGUCCGUUUUGCCAUCGAUCUAGAGUAGUUAGACAAACAUGCAGCAGUAUGGGAACUUUAUAGAAACUGAUUGCACGUGACAACAACUUUAAUGUGGGGGAUGGGAGUUGUGUGAUAUGAGUGAUAAUGAGACUUCUGAGGGUAACCCACGGUGUUACCAUGAUGACCCGGAGGAGGUGCCCGUUAGCCCAGACCAGAUGCAGCUUCUAGAGGUCCCCAACGGGAACCGUCCCCACAGAAACCAUGAUGGAGCGGGCAUGUCGGGGAACAACACCAGUCGAAUGAGAUACGAAGGACAGCCAAAAAGUAUAUUAAAGAAUCGGUUAGAGAGAGAAGAGAAGUAUAGUCAGAGGAGAAGGAGGCACUCGUCUGCAGACGAGGAUGAUUUGGCAUUGCUUCACGGCAGAUUUGAGAAAGUGCCUCUGAAGGACUUCCAUGCGGAGAUCCGAGCCUUUAAGGACGUGGAGGACUUCCUCAGCCGGACUCUGCUGAUGCUGGACCUCCAAAAGACUGGGCUGACACAAAUUAUCGACGCGAUGGUCAAAAAGAUUCUGGAGAAAAAGGAAGUGUUAGCCCAGACAUCAUUGGACGAGGCACGGCAGGCUAUCUUCACACAGGACUCGGUACACACCCUGAGUAAGACAAUUCAGGGCACGAUGACUAGCGAUGAGAGCGGCUUCGACUUUGACCAAAACUGGAUCUGCGUCAUGUGUGACAUUCCCACCCUGACGAAGCGCCACGUGGUGAUCGCGCGGCUUCACACUCCAGCCAAUCUGGGCAGCACCAGUCAGGAGGUCCAGUUUGUGAUUCUGGUCUUGGCACCAGUCAGAGAGAAAAGCACCAAGUCUUCCCUGGAGACGGCCCGUACUUUUGCUACACUCUUUCUAGACAUGGACUUUCGACACCAGCUUCUGAUGGCCGAGUCCGAGUUUGAGUUUAAACAGCUUCUCCACACGAGGACCAAGCUCCUGAUCGAGGAGCAGGGCCUCCCUGAGAACCGCAAGUCUCACCUGGUACUGUCGGCCUUCGAACAAGAGGAGAUGGAGGCUGAGAAAUCUCGGUGUCCCAUAGGGCAGGGUUUAGUCCGUGAUGUUAAGCGGCGAUUGCCACAUUAUCUAUCAGAUUACAAAGACGGCAUAGUAGGGAACAAAACGCUCCACAAAGUGACGUCCACCACGUUCUUCCUAUACUUCGCCUGUGUGCUGCCGAACAUCGCCUUCGGAAUGCUGAACGAUAAUAACACUGCCGGAGUGAUAGAUGUCCAAAAAGUGUUGUUUUCCCAAUGUGUGGGCGGGGUCCUGUUCGCUGUAUUUGGGGGUCAGCCUCUGAUCGUCCUUCUGACCACGGCACCAUUGGCUCUCUACACCAAAAUUAUUUUUAGCAUUUGUGAGGAUUUUGACCUGAACUUCAAUGCCAUGUUCGCCUGCACUGGCUUAUGGAAUGCCUUCUUUCUGUUUAUUUAUGUUUUCUUCAACAUGAGUAAACUCAUGAAAUAUUCCUCAAGAUCCACAGAGGAGGUGUUCUCGCUGUUCAUCACCUUUGCUUUUUCUGCUGACGCCAUUAAAGACACAAUCAAAGACUUUAACAAGAACUACCACACAGAUUCCUGUCAGGGUGUCACUCACAGUAACUCCUCCAAUCAAAAUGCUUCCCUCCUUACUAACACCUCCCUAACAACUGUCAGCACCGUGACAACCACUAGUCCAGUAAACCUAACUAACAGCAGUACAGUGGUGGCUCCCCCUGGUGGUGGUAUGCUGGAGGAAUGUCUGCGAGAGAACAGUAUUUUAUUUUUACUGCUGAUGCUGGGCACGGUGUGGCUGGGAAUCACGCUUUUUAACUUUACUAAAACGCCGUUUCUGAAUGCUGGUAAGAGAGAGAUUCUGGCAGACUAUGCCUUACCUGUCGCUGUGCUCAUUAUGACAUUUUUCGGAUCCUAUGUCUUUAGAGAAGUUAAAAUGAAGCCAUUUAAGUACAAGGAACGCGAAAAGAUGUUUGAGUUGGCCCCCCUCCAUCUGCUUCCCCCAGGGGCGGUGUUUGCGGCGGCUGGACUGGGGUUCAGUCUGUCCCUCCUGUUCUUCAUGGAUCAGAACAUUUCUAGUGCCCUGGUCAAUGCCCCAUCUAACAAGUUGAAGAAGGGUGCCGCCUACCACUGGGACCUGUUUGUGGUGGCGGUCAUCAAUGCAUUCCUGUCCAUCUUCACCAUGCCCUGGGUCCACGCCGCGCUGCCUCACUCCCCACUACACGUCCGAGCUCUUGCUGAUCUCGAGGACAGGGUCGAUCAAGGUCACGUUCACCAAAUAGUGGUCCAUGUCCGUGAAACCCGACUGACUGGAAUCAUCUCCCACGUGAUGAUUGGUCUGUCCAUGCUGAUGCUGCCCUACCCCCUGGCCUACAUUCCCCGACCCGUCCUCGAUGGUCUCUUCAUUUACGUCGCCAUUACAGCUCUCUAUGGCAACCAGUUAUUUGACCGUAUACUGCUCUUCUUUACAGAACAGUCCGCGUACCCCCCAAACCAUUACAUCCGACGCGUCCCCCAGAGGAAGGUACACCUGUUCACAACGCUACAGUUGAUUCAGCUCUUAGUGCUCUGUGUGUUCGGGUUCUCCCCCAUACCCUACAUGAAGAUGGUCUUCCCCGUUCUCAUCAUGCUCCUCAUGCCUAUCAGGCACAAAAUCAUUCCACAUUUCUUUGAGCCAAAAUACCUGAAGGCAUUGGAUGGUCAUGCCCAUUAGACAUCUGCUGAAGUUCACUCAGGCAGCAGAUUACUGUUUUCUCAGUGCAGAUGUACUGCUGAUCCAUGCUGUUAUGCGAUUCUCAGACUUAGUGCAGUAAAAAAAAUUACUGAAACCUUUUUCUCCAAGUGCUAAAACUGGGAUGCCUCGGUGCCAACUGGAGUACGUAAUCCAAUUGAUAGCGAACGCCAGACAACGUUUGUUUCCUUGUUAUUUUGUGUCAUCUUUUUUUUCUAAACAAGAGUUUUUAUUUACGAGUUCUUUGUUGUAAGAUUUAUUUUCUUGUUAUCAGUACAUCUAGAAAAGUGCUUAUUUUUACAGGUAUAGACAUUUAGGUGGUCGUUUUCAAACACUGCCCCCGUGUCAUUGGUCAGGUUUUACUGUGAUGUUUAAUCCUUAUUUUACGAUACUGGACAGUGUUGCUUUUUACCUAGUGUAUAGUGAAUUAGAUAAUUAUCAUUGUUUUUUGUUUUAUUUACAUGGAUCAUCGAUGACAUGUUUUAGGUACAAUUGUAUAUAUACGAUAUCAACGACUGUUACGCGAGCAUGCGAGUGUUAAUGUUAAGUCACAUUAAUAGAGAGGUCUAUUUUUAAGCUUGUUUUAAGAGGUUAAUAUGUUACUGUUGAAUUGUAGGUUUUACAAAGAAUCUGUGAUUUUGAAGGGUUUUUUUUAAAUGACAUUUAAUAAAAUCUAGAUUUCCAGAA